AAUAAAAAGUAUUCUUCUUGGAUAAAAUUUUGUUCUUUAAAUUCAAAGAAAGCAAGUAAUUGGUGUCGAACAGAUAUUAAUAUUUCUAACAUGGGAGUAUCUGCGUUAGAUUCACAUGCAACUGGUAAGAAGCAUAAAGAGCAUGCAAGGACACAUAAUGCAGCUGAUAUAUUUUUUACAGAUUUUACUACAGAAAUAUCUGGUGAUAAAGCAGCUUCCAGUAAUUUUCAAGAACUUUCUCCUCAUUCAAACAAAGUUUUAAAUGACAAAGUUACACAGCCUACUAUAGAGGAUCUUCAAUCUCCAGCUUUGGUUACUAAGGCAGAAAUAAUAUGGAUCUUAAAUGUUGUAGUGUCACAUUUUUCUUUAAGAUCAUGCUUAAAUUUAAAUGAAAUAUUCAAAUUUAUGUUUUAUGACAGUAAAAUUUGCAUUAGGCAAAACAAAAUGUGGUUACCUCAUUAAUUUUGGUUUGGCGCCAUACUAUCGAGACCAACUUAUAUCUGAAGUCAGAGCAUCGCCAAUCUUUGUUUUGUCAUAUGAUGAGAGUAUGAAUGUAACCUUUAAAAAUGAACAAAUGGACUGUGGAGUUAGAUACUGGGAUUCAAAUUCAGGUGUUGUAAAAGUUAGAUAUAUUGAUUCGAAAUUCCUCAGACGCCCUAAUGCACAGAAUUUAUUUGACAAACUCAUUGAAGCAACAGAGAUGUUUGAUCUUGGAAAACUUAUUCAAGUUUCAAUGGUUGGUCCUAAUGUUAAUUGGGAGGUUCUUAAAAUGUUAAAUGAGCAUAGACAGGAAAAGCGAUAUUCUGACAUUGUUAAUAUGGGCAGUUGCAGCUUGCAUAUUGUUCAUGGUGCCCUACAGACAGCAAUAAACUCCCAAAAGUGGGAAUUGGAAAAAAUAUUUCGUGCCAUGUAUAAUCUUUUCAAAGAGUCACCAGCUAAA